AUGUCGCCAGCUCUUCUGGCUAGUGGCACUUCUGCCUUAGGAGGUGUUGAUUCUUUUGUAUCAUGCCUGAAGCAAAUUCUUUCGACAAUCGAAAAGAGCUCUCUUGAACCCCCACUGGGCGAGUUGGAUUUCGAUGCCGAGCUCUUGGGUCAAAUCAAACCUGCAACACAACCCGUCGAUGAGCUCUAUAAAUCAUCGCUUGAAAUAGCGUGUAAAACCAUAUUAUAUGAGCUUGCUACAAAAGACACCUCUGUUAGUAACGAAACAUUGAUCGCGUUCGGAAAUCUACUAGAUUUAGCCUUGGUGUUUGCGGAGCUUGAAAUCUCCGAACCCGGUUUGCCUCUUGCCUUAAUUGAGGAACUCUUCGACUCUCAAACAAUCCCGUCCUGCGAGCUACUAUUCCAAUAUCUUGAGUCCCGGAUCGAACGGGUGACGGCAGGUAUCGAAGGGAGUAAAGGUAAAGGUCUUAUUUUGUUGCGUUUACUCAACGAAUUACUCCGGAGGUUAUCGAAAACAGAAGACACUAUUUUCUGUGGGCGAAUAUUGAUCUUCCUAAGUAAGAGCUUUCCUAUCGGUGAAAAAUCGGGGGUCAAUCUGAGGGGAGAAUUCAACACUCAAAAUGUGACUGUGUAUGAUGACACUCCUCCCCUGGAGCCCGUCCUAGACGUGGAAAUGGAAGUUGAUACGAAGGAGGAGGAAGUAAAAACUGAAGAAUCAAUAUCGACUGCUAUUCCUGAGGGGGACGUAAAAAGCGACGACGGCACAAAGGGUGCCAAAACGGUCUCUUUUACUGCUGGGCAGGAGCCGAAAACCCCCUCCGAGGUCCUAAGUACUAGUGCGCUAUAUCCCAUUUUCUGGUCCCUGCAACGCGAUUUUGCAGAUCCGCAACGGCUAUUACAGGCCCCAGAAUCUUUAGAAUCUUUUAAAAAAGGACUUGCCGCAACAAUGGCGAGAUUUCAAAUAGCAGAUGAGGAAGCCAUCAAAAGUAGCGGCAUAGGAGAUAAAAAAGACAAUCAAGCAAGCAACAGUAAGCGGUCAGAUGACAAGAAAGCUAGUCUAGUAGUUACUGGAGAGAAAAGGAAAAGAGAUGACGAAGAGGACGAUUCACAUGGAGAAGGGUUUAACCCUAAAUAUCUGACUAGUCGAGAAUUAUUUGAGCUUGAGAUCAGCGACUUAACAUUCAGAAGGCAUGUGCUCGUACAGGCAAUGGUUCUGAUUGACUUCUUAUUAAGCCUUACACCUGGGGCAAAAGACAAGUGGAAGGAUAUCAAGACACCCAACAGAGCAGUUCAAUAUUCCUACACACUGAGCCCUGAAGAUGAGCAAUGGGCUAUCAGCACCCGCACCCAAAUAUCUAAUAGCCUGCAGCCCAAUCAGUCUGGUAGACUCUUUAUGCGUCUUAUCAAUACCGUUCUCACUAGAGAACAAAACUGGGUGCGGUGGAAAGCGGAGAGUUGCCAGCCAUUUGAUAUGCUCCCUCUAGCCGAGGAAGAAUUUGAAGAUGCAAAGCUCAAGGCUGAAAAACAGUGCAUCUCGGAGGCUCCUUUUCGCUAUGUCAUGGGAACACCAACUCUGAGUAGACUCUGGCAGGGGACUGGGGACGCAUCGGGAAUGGAGGGAUUAACUGACGAGGAGAGACAUCGUAUCCCUACACCCGAGUCUUUCCGAGCAGGUGUCCAACAGGCUCAGGAAGAUAUCAAAGACUCAUUUUUUCCACAGGAUAUCGAAGAAGCCCAAAACGCAAAAUUCACGAAAACGUGGAAGGCUUUGCGUAUUGCAUCGCGAGACCGCUUUCAUUUAUUCAACAAAUUUGAUGAUAAAUUUGACGAGGAAAGAAAUGAUCUGGAAAUGCUUUUUGAUGUGGAUGAAAAGACGAAAGAAGAAGCAAAACCGAAGCCCACAACAUCAACUUGA